AUGUUGGAUGCGCCUUCAAACGUCGCAUGUCCACCAGCUCUCACCGCAAAUGCAUAUUUCGUAGCACCUACUAGACGAAUUGCCCGGGUAGACUUCGAGACCGGUGAAUUCAAUAUCAGCGGCAUGAAGGAUCACAUGUUCUACCAUUCGGGGAUGCUAAGAGUGAGCCGUCCGAUGACCACAGCGGAGCUGUCUUUCCAUGGUGCGCAUCUUCUUCAGGAUUGGAUCAUGAACAACACAAGUCUCCAUGGUGUGGGAGUUCCUAAUGCAACGAUCUUUACAUCGCCCAUUGGAUUCGGUGCUACGUGGAACCUGGAGCCCGUCGGAGAAGCCGCGCGAGUCAUUGGACAGGAGGCGCGGGCUUUGGGAAUUACCCAGGUGUUCGCCCCGUCUGCAGAUUUGGCUCGAGAUCCCAGACACGGCAGGGUUGAGGAAUCUAUGUCGGAAGACCCCUACCUCGCCGGUGAAAUGCUUGCUAGUUUUGUGCAAGGUCUCUGGAAAUCCAAAGUUGCCUCCACAGUCAAACACCUGGUGGCUUUUGGCAACUCCGAACAGGGAAUCAACAUGGGCCCUGUUCAUGGAGGCGAGCGAGAAUUGCGCACCACCUACCUUCCUCCAUUCAAGAAAGCUAUUGAUGCGGAUAUCCUCCGCGGUGAGUGGGACUUUCAGUAUUGGACUACAACGGAUUAUGGAGGUCCCAAUCGGCUGUGCACUACAUUCCGAAUGUGUCAAGAUGAUCCAAUUGAUGCCUCGGCUAUCACUAUGAAAAUGCUACCAGCUGGAGGCGACACUGAAGGGGGGGAGGAUCGUUUUAGUGACGGGACACUGGAUGUUUCUCUUGUUGAUGACGCAACACGGCGAGUUCUGCGGGCAAAGUUUGAUAUGGGUCUUUUUGAGGAUCCUUUCCCAGCGUCCGCGCCGGAGGACUGGCACAAGUUGAUUCACACAGCCGAGUCAUUGCAGACAGCGGCACAGUUGGACCGAGAGUCUAUCGUUCUGUUGGAAAACAAGGACAGCAUCCUGCCUAUCCAAGAUAACAUUCGAAGCAUCGCCGUUAUCGGUCCGUUCUCAGACACGGUCAAUUACGGCGGUUAUACAAUCUCCCCACCUUGUGGGAUUACCCCUCUGGACGGCAUCCGUAAAACAGCAUCUUCAAACGUCAGAGUUGGACACGCGAAAGGCUGUGACGCCUGGAGUAACGAUGAAUCGAACAUUCCCGAAGCGGUAGACCUGGCGAAAUCAUCAGAUGUCGCCGUCGUGAUUGUGGGAACCUGGGCGAGAAACCUUUUGGACCAAGAGAAAGGACUGAAUGCUACCACCGGCGAGGCCUAUGACACAAACGAUCUUCGACUAGUCGGAGCUCAAAGAGCUCUGGUGCGCGCGAUCACUGAGACCAAUGUGCCGACCAUUGUUGUAUUCUCUUCGGGGAAGCCUAUUGCUGAGCCAUGGAUUUCGAACUCCUCUGCUGCCCUGCUUCAGCAGUUCUAUAGCUCAGAGAAAGGGGGAGAGGCACUGGCUGACGUCCUCUUUGGCCGCUAUAAUCCGAGUGGGCGGCUACCCUUGACGUUCCCACGCGACACGGGAAGCUUUCCAGUAACAUACGACUACCUUGACUCAGGUCGCGAGGCCCAAGACGCGGGCUAUAUCAAUCCUGAUGGUAGCAUUCACUUUGGGCGUAGCUAUGUGACUGGGACUCCAAUGCCAUGGUACGAGUUCGGAUACGGCCAAAGUUACUCCAACUUUGAAUAUUCGAAUGUUCAGAUCGAUAAAAAGCGUGUGAGUGCAACAGAUGACAUAAAAAUCACUGUCCAGGUCAAGAACACGAGCUCGCGUGAUGGUCAAGAAGUGGUGCAGCUCUAUGUUGUGGAUCCCAUCAGCUCUGUGGUCACCCCAAACAAGCAGCUCAAGGCCUUCAAGAAGGUCCAUGUGAAAGGAGGAGAGACUCUCACUGUGGAAUUAGAGGUCAGUGUGGGGACCUUGGGGCUCUGGGAUGUGGACAAGAGGUAUACCGUUGAACCAAGAGAGUUCAUGGCCCAUGUCGGGAGAAGUGCCGGAGAUAUUCGAGGUAACGCAUCGUUCUAUGUGUUGUAA